AUGGCCGACUCUGCCGUUCCGGUUAUCUCGGCCGGCGCACCCACAACACCGUCAACAUCGCCAUCAGGAACAAAAGACUCGAGCAGGGUCCUCAGCACAGCCUCCAGUGCGCUCAUAGCCGGUGGACUAGCCGGCACAGCGGUCGACACGCUCUUUUUCCCGAUCGACACGCUCAAAACCCGCGCCCAGUCGCAACAGGGGUUCUUCGCUUCCGGAGGUUUUACGGGCGUAUACCGUGGGCUCAGCAGUGCAGUGAUAGGCAGUGCUCCGGGUGGUGGGCUCUUCCAUACGGCUCGUCUCGGCCUCUAUGAAACCUGGCGGCUGACUACGACCUAUCUCUGCUUGCCUCGUCGUCUCAACCCACAUGUUGGCCUGCAUCUGCAACGCAUUGAAUACUUUCGAGCACAGCCUCGGCGUUUUUCACGACGUAUGAAACGCUCAAGACCCGGCUGCCGGCGUGGAUUCCUCAACUCGGGAACGAUAAAUAUGCACCAGCGUUGCACAUGCUCUCGGCGAGCGGAGGCGAGGUUGUCAGUUCCCCCUCCACUGUAUCCUUCUCGCGCCAGCGUUCGCCAUCUCACCACCCAGAAGCAUGGGUUUCUACGGCAGCAACGAUAGCUUGCUGCCCCUGCCGCGACCGAAACGUCGCGACACGGAUGCGCAGCCUGAUGCCACGCAGCUGGCACCACCUUGCUCAUCUUCGAGUUCCCCCCUUUCCCGUCUGCAGGCGGCGUGUAUGAUCCGAGUACCAACCGAAGUUGUGAAGCAACGAUCCCAGACUUCCACCCUGCCGACCUCGGGCUGGCCAAUAGCUCGAUCAAUUUGGACUACAUCAGGUCUGAGCGGAUUUUACAGAGGAUUUGGAUCGACCGUCGCCAGAGAGGUUCGUCAUCCCUCCUUCUAAGGCUCGCAGACGGUGAAGGCGAGCUUUCUAACUGUGCUGGUACUUUACCUUCCAUGCAGAUUCCGUUCACGUGCCUUCAGUUCCCAAUGUACGAGCGUAUGAAACUUGUCUUGGCCCGCCGGAGAACCGCCUCGGGCAAAGCCUCGGACCUGCCAUCGAUCGAAGCUGCAGCGUGCGGGAGUGUUGCUGGCGGUAUCUCGGCAGCUCUGACCACGCCCUUGGAUGUAUGCAAGACGAGGAUUAUGCUGAGCGGUCGCUCAGCGUUCACUUUGGUAAGCUCGCUUGCACGAUGACCGAUGUCGAUCCAUGUGCUGGCGCGACUCAACACUCGACUUCAUCGGACGCUUCACGCGACGGUGCACCUGCAGGAUACAGCCACGGUCCGGCAAUACCCCUCUUCAAUGCUGAAGACCUUCGGUAUCAUAUGGAGAGAAGAAGGUGUCAGGGUGCUGUUCUCAGGCCUUGCCCCUCGAGUGGCUUGGAUCUCAAUGGGCGGGGCCGUCUUCUUGGGGACGUUCGAAGCGGUCAAGAAGGCGAUCGAUGGGACAAUACCGAGCACCGUGUCGCCUCAAGACUGCAAUGCACAACUCUGA